AUGCAGGAGGUCCCAACGGUGUUAGAUGGGUGUGCUGCGUUGCAAAGCGAUAAAACGGGGAUCGUGCUAGCGGAAGAAGCACCAAAGUGUCAAAAUGGUGGAGUCGUCAGCUUGAUGAACACAACAUGUUUUUGUCCACGAGGCUUUAUUGGAAACCUUUGCGAGAAGAUUGGUGAUUACAACGCUAUGUUCACAUUGAGCGGAAGAUCUACAGGGAGGAUUUAUCAAGUCCAACCGGAAAAUACUAAGAAUCUCACCCAAUCGCAUCAAUACUGGGCGAAUAGUGGAUCUGUACCACCACCGUAUAAUCCACAACAACCAUGUGUAUACUGGAAUGAUUCUGUCCCUGAAGGCACUGAAAAUACAUGGACUCUCGGGGACUGCAACGUUCCUCGUACCUUCAUCUGUCAGAAAUUUCAGUUCGAUAACGAAAACCAUAAUGGUGUCAGCCAGGAAGGAGGAAGCUGUUCUGAUCCAAUUUGUGUCAAUGGAGGUACUCGUGUAAGUCAAGAAGCACGUUGCGAAUGCCGGAAAGGAUAUACUGGAAUUCACUGCCAAGAUGAGCACGUUCAACCUACUACCUUGUUCAGAGAUGGUCGAACAAAAUUUUAUCGCAUUGACACCAAUCAAUCACUCGGCACUUACACACUCACAAGUAUUUCUGGCGGUGAAAGAUGUACUUUCACGGCUGAUACUGGUGCUCUUAACAACGUUGUUCCGUCCAUUCAGACUUUAAUUAAGGAAGCAGGUUCCAGUGGUGGAAAAUAUUGUGGGAAUUAA